UCAGCGCGCGCGCCGACCGAACGGCCAAAAUCAGUUAAAUCCUUAAAAUCACGUCAUUCUAGUAAAGUGAACCGAGGCGAACGCACACGCGUUUAAGGAUUCUACGAUGGCGGGAAACGGCGCAGACUCUAGUGGCGUUCCAGAAGGCGAUGUCGACGGGCCAUUCCCCGACGGAUUCAACGGAGAUAAGUCUUUAGAACCGGAAUACUAUGACAUGUCACAGGAAAGGAAGAUGAUUAUCUUCAACCAUUUCGAGUACAACCAUGAUUACCCUGGAGAAAGGGGACAACCGCCGACGCGCAACGGCACGUAUCGCGACGUGGAAGCGCUCACAAAAACCGGCGAAAGCCUGAACUUUGACGUCACACCCUACCACGAUAAAACUCACGACGAGAUACUUGGCAUCAUGGACGAUUUUUGCAAGCAGGAUCACAGAGACACGUCCUGCGUUUGCGUGUGCAUCCUCACUCACGGCUUGAACGGCGGCGAGCUGAACGCGCGCGACAAGUCCUUCAACCUGGCAGACAUCGUCAGCAAGCUGCAAAAUCGUGCUCCUGGUCUGGUGGGCAAGCCGAAGCUAUUGAUCGUACAGGCAUGCCGCGGAUUGUGCCUGGACGCGGGCAAGCUGGUGCACGUCGAUGGGCCCGGUGAGGUUCUGUGGCUGCCCUCGCACGUCGACACAUUGUUGCUGCGCUCCUCCGUGGAAGACUACGGGUCGUUCCGCAAUGACCACGGUUCCUGGUUGAUCCAGACGUUCUGCCGCGUGGUGGACGCCAAGCAUCGCCAGAUGGACCUGAUGCAGAUGAUCGUGAUAGUCAGCAGGCUGGUGGCUUGCGAGCGCGUGUCCUACUGUCCAGAGAGACUUUGGGAGCACAACAAGAAGCAGACGCCGGAGAUGAGAUCCACGCUGCUGAAAACCCUCCGCUUCACCGACCCUGUCUAGAUCAGGGAUGUUGCGAAUAUUCGCAUCCGCAUCCGCGGAACUUUUGCAUUAUUUUCAACAUCCGCAUCCGCAUAAAAUGGAUGCGGAGUUUAAUGCGGAUGCGGAUGUGGAACGGGUAGGUACCGGAACGUCUUAGCGGCGGCGUAAGUGCUAGGUAAUUUCGUCAUUAGCCAAUAGGAAUCUCGUUUCGUUUUUCUGAUUCGUCGAUCGAGCACUUUAGCCUAUGACGGACAGCGACAAGAAGUCAAAAGUUUAAUUUAUUUGGACUUUAGUAUAGUAAUGCGAUUGUGGGGCACCUAUAUUCUUGUUCAAAGACUAAAAGUUUCGUUUUUUUUAAAUAAAAGUGUAAUAUUUGACGUUUUUUUAUGUGCCUAAUCUCGA